GAUAUGCAGAAUCGCUCAUUUUAAAUGGACUUUAGAUCCACGAGCAGGUUCAGAAGCAUUUAAACUAGAAAGGAAGAGGGGAGAAAUCAACAAAAAAACAGAAGGGAGACCGCAUCAAAACAAGAACAACAACUCAGGCUAGUCAUGAGGAGGAACAUAUGAGUCGUCAUAAGACAUUUUAUCAAUGGUUAAAAUUGAUGGGCCAUUUAUUGCAUUUGUUUGGGAACACGUCAAUGGACAAUAACAUGGACUACGAAAGGCCAAACGUAGAAACCAUCAAGUGCGUGGUAGUGGGAGACAAUGCCGUUGGGAAGACUCGUCUCAUCUGUGCACGGGCGUGCAACACCACCCUAACGCAGUACCAACUGCUGGCAACACACGUGCCUACAGUGUGGGCGAUUGAUCAGUACCGGGUUUGCCAAGAGGUUCUAGAACGUUCUCGUGAUGUAGUUGAUGAAGUGAGUGUCUCACUAAGGCUAUGGGAUACAUUUGGUGAUCACCAUAAGGACAGACGUUUUGCAUAUGGAAGGUCUGAUGUAGUGGUGCUAUGCUUUUCCAUUGCUAACCCUAAUUCCUUGAAUCACGUGAAGACCAUGUGGCACCUAGAAAUCAAGCACUUCUGCCCACGGACACCUGUUAUUCUGGUUGGAUGCCAGCUGGACCUGCGUUAUGCUGAUUUGGAGGCUGUCAAUCGGGCUCGCCGGCCGUUAGCAAGACCAAUAAAACCUGCCGACAUAUUGCCUCCAGAAAGGGGCCGGGAAGUCGCUAAAGAACUUGGCAUCCCUUACUACGAAACCAGCGUGUUCGAUCAGUUCGGCAUUAAGGACGUAUUCGACAACGCUAUCAGAGCUGCGCUGAUUUCCAGGAGACCCCUCCAGUUCUGGAAAUCCCAUUUGAAGAAAGUGCAAAAGCCUCUUCUUCAGGCUCCCUUCCUGCCACCCAAAGCUCCCCCUCCACUUAUAAAAAUACCUGAAUACCCUCCCACUAACACAAGAGGCCAGAGCCACCUGUUGGACAAUCCCCUAUGCGCGGACAUCAUGUUUGUCCUUCAGGACAACGUUCAUAUUUUUGCUCACAAGAUUUACCUGUCAACCUCUUCCUCCAAGUUUUACGACCUGUUUUUGAUGGACCUAAGUGAGGAAUCCCGGCACUCGGAGGGCGCGAGGAAGAAGCCUAGCAGGGAUCAGCUCAUGAGAACUCUAAGCCUUAACACCGAGGAGGACAUCAGCGUUUUAGCCACUCUGUCACCCUGCUCUCUGAGAGCCUCCAAAAGUGACGGCACUUUAAAGAUGAUGAACUUCAACAGCGGGGAGGGCAGGGGAGCUAAGCUGUCCCUGUCCUCUUGGAGUAAGGCCUUUGUUAGCAUGCACAGAGAGACAGUGAGCAGCCUCCCGACACAAGCUGCAUUUCCGAUCACCGUGGUCCAGAUGGACAGUUCCAUUCAAGUGGCACCAUUUAGAGCCGUGCUACGCUUUCUCUACACAGGGGAGCUGGAUGAAAACGAGAAAGAUUUGAUGAAAAUUGCACAAAUCGCUGAAAUUCUUGAAGUGUUCGACUUGAGAAUGAUGGUGGAGAACAUCACAAACAAAGAAGGGUUCAUGAAUCAAGAGAUCACCAAAGCAUUUCAUGUCAGGAAAGCUAACCGGAUUAAAGAGUGUUUGGCUAAGGAGACGUUUUCAGAUGUGACAUUUAAGUUAGAUGAUGGAAGCAUCAAAGCCCAUAAGCCUUUGCUGAUCUCCAGCUGUGAUUGGAUGGCUGCUCUGUUUGGGGGCUCAUUUCUGGAGAGUUCAAACAAUGAGGUUUACUUUCCCAACACAAGCAAGGCGUGCAUACAGGCAGUCCUGGAGUAUUUAUACAUGAAUCAGCUGUCACCCGUCAUGGACCUGGAUCCAAUAGAGUUAAUUGCACUUGCAAACAGAUUGUGCCUUCCACAUUUGGUAGCUCUGACAGAACAAUAUGCUGUGAACGACCUGAUGAAAGCUCAAAGAGAUGGAAUAGAUAUAGAUGGAGAAGUUCUCACUUACUUGGAACUGGCUCAGUUUCAUAAUGCUACUCAAUUGGGAGCUUGGUGCUUGCAUCACAUCUGUACCCACUACAACCGUGUUUGUGCCAAGUUCCGAAAAGAAAUCAAGUCAAAAUCGACAGAAAAUCAAGAGUAUUUCGAGAAGCACCGCUGGCCUCCUGUUUGGUACCUCAAGGAGGAAGACCACUAUCAGCGAGUGAAGAAGGAGAGAGAGAAGGAAGAUGUUGUGCUGAACAAGCAUCAUUCCCGACGCAAGUGGUGCUUCUGGAGCACUUCCUCUGCAGUUGCCUGAGCAGCAGCUGAUGUUCAACAAGCCUCAAUAUUGUGUGCAUUAAUGACAUUUCUACGACUUCUAGUAUUUUUGUCUUAAUAUUUAAGAAGCAAAAAGAGAAACACAUGUAGAGGCACUGAACUUAACACACAUUGAUUAUUGACCUGGUUGGGGUUCAAAGCACAAAUUUGAGUAAAUACAAUGCAAGCCAGAAAAUAAAUAUAGACUACCCUCCAGGAAGUAUUUGGACUCCCAAUACUUGUUGGAAGAGGAUUGUACAGGGGUUGGAUUAAAAAAAAAAAAACCUGUAAGAAAUACCCGCAGUUUGUAGCACACACUUUUGUGAGCUCUGAACAGGCUAUUCCUCUUGCAUGAAUGGGUUUCCUGGUUUGCAGAUGACGUCCAAUACUUCUAGCUUUGUGAUGCUCCAGUCAUGCCUUCACCACUGCAAUGGAAUCCCAUUCUGUAAUAAUGAAAAUCUGCAUCUCCUUCCUAGUAAGACUACAUCUGUAUUCAGAAAGGACAUUGUCAAAAACAAUCAUCUUAUUCUCUUAAAUUCAUUCAGCACUGACCUGGCUGCCCAUUAUUAGCCCCACGCUUUAUUGACAAUGUUAUGACAGGUCUGUUAUCUAACCCCUGUAUGUGUUUGGCAUAUGGCAUAUCUUGCCAUUAUUAUGAGGCAUUGGUCUUCAGCAAUUUUGUAAGUUUUGUUUUUUGAAUGCUGCUGUUCUUGGGUGUUUUAAAUUAAUUUAACUCUGUUUGGGCAAUAAAUAUCCAACCCAAAUAUUGGACCUUCUAUCCAUUAGAAUGUAUUUUAAAAGCAGACCUGGUAAAAUGUUAUGUCAGGUGUAGUUCUGAAGUUGGACUUUAUCUUACCGCGUUACAUCGUGUAAUGGGUUAAUCCCAGUUUCUGACUGUAUUUGGCAUAGGUGCUGCCAAACAAAAUAAACUUGCUAAGUUUAAACAUUUAUUUAAUAUAUAGCGUUGUUGGGCUUUGUUUUCAUAAAGUGACACAAUUUUUAAAUGUCGUGUGGUUCUUUUAGGCGUAAAGUAUAGAAAACAUAAUUGAAACUAAUGCAAAAUGUGGAAGUAGUGGCGUGUGUCCCUGCUGUAUAUGUGGAAUUGCCGUAACAGUGAUGUCGUUUAUAGCAGUGGCAAAUUUAAAAACAAAUGUGACACCAAUUACGAAACACUUACCGCAAUAACAAGAAGAUUCAUCUGUUUGAAAAUAGGGCCCAUUGUCUCUGAUACCAUCAUAUUAGCCAAAUAUUAAUACGUGUACAUUUGAACUGGAGACAAUAGUAAUUUUAAUGGAAAAGUUGAAAAUUAUUUUUGUACAAGUGUUACGAUAUUCUUUUUUGUAGCGCAUUAGUAACUUAUGUUGUCCAGCUUUUAAGAGACUCAUCUCUAAUAAUUAGAAGGACUUUGUAUAUAUUUGUUCAGAGUUAACUUAAUAUGCACCUAACCAGAAGAAUAUAACUUUAAACCUGCUCUUUGCAACUAAUUUUAGCUAUCACUUGGGUCAGGCUAGGUUUUCCUUGAUAAUCUUUGCUCAUGUAAUGUUGCAGUGUGCUCCAUUUAGAUUUAGUUUAUGGCAUAAGCUUAAAGUACUUUUAACUAGUACUUUCAUAUAAACAUUUGCAGUGUAUAUGUAGAAAAUAUAAACUGAAUUUCCAGUUGUGUGCUUUCAAGAAAUAUAAGCUUUUCAAAGUGCAUUCCUGGCUAUUUAAUUGUAGGUCAACAAACAGUAUAAAACAAGCAGUAGAUGUUUGUGUCAGUCGUUCUGCAGUGUCCACUUCCAAAAUGUAGUAAUUUCCAUUGCUAAGGAAAGCAUAUGGCUUGAAAACCCUAAAGGGAACUUAAUGCUAAAAUAUGCUUUCAUUUGUAUGGUACAUUGAUUUUGUUAGUGAACCAAAGCUGUGCUUAGAUUCUCAUAUUUACUAGAGACUAUGUUAUUGUUACUAAUUGGUAUACAGAGUAAUAAUGAAAAAGUAUUGUCAUUAGCUGCUAAAACCAAGUGGCUGGUUCAUUUGGUUACUGCUGUCAAAGGCCUUUGAUCUUGCUGGUCAUUAUCCUUUAAAAGCUGUUUUUGGUUUGUUUGUUUUUUAUUUUUUGAAGAAAAUGAUGUUUAAUAAAUUUAUUCAUUUAA